AUGCCUUUCACCACCCGAUCCGUGGCUCUUGUGGGCCUAAUGGCCUUCUUUAGCAAACUUAGCCAUGCUCAAUCCAUCCCUAUGGCUUAUUGCGCAAGCCUCAACACAGCAUCAACAACAGGCAACAGCAGUAUAUACCAAUCUGAUGGACUAUGCCACGACUUCUGCUCAGCCACAUUCGCCUUUGCUAUUGUUCAAGAUGAUGAGUGUUGGUGUAGUGAUUAUGUACCUGAUGAGGCAACACAGGUAGAUACCGACAAGUGUGAUUCGGGAUGCCCUGGCUUCCCGUCUGAUACGUGCGGAGGCGAUGGACUAUGGGGAUACAUGUCUCUGGAUCAUAAGCCUUCGGGCACCAAGACUGUCGGCUCCACCUCUUCUACUAAAUCGCCAACUCCUGAACCUACCACAAGGACGUUACAAAACACGGUCACUGUUACUCCAACAGUUCGCGCGACCACGGCCGUUCCUGAUACAUCGAAAUCAACGGGAGAUGGCUCUACAGCACCCACUACUCCGAGCGUAUCUACAGUUACAGCGGGAGGUACUGUCAAGACGGUUACCAUAAUGCCCACAGCUACAGAUAACCCUGACGCCGUGACUUCACCGGAUGCUGGCUCAAGUGAAGUGUCAUCGAAUCAGCACGGCCUCUCAACUGGUGCCGCAGUUGGCGUGGCAAUUGGUGUAUUUGCUGCCGUGGGCAUGGCUAUAGGUGCCGGCCUUUUCUUCUGGCUCCGCCGCAGAAGACAAGACCAAGGUGAUGCUCUCACAGACUCCCCUGGAAGUCAGCGUGGAAGUUCAGCAGGUAUGAUGAGCACGCCAACAACCACAAUGGCAUCGGUAUGGGAUGGCGAUACCGCAUCAGGAGGCCGGAGAAAUAGUCGAUUCAUGCCACAUGAUCCUCGCAUGGACCCAUUUGCAGCAAAUAUCUACAGCCGCGAGAAUAAGAGCCACGAGAGCAUUAACACUCUUCAAGAUAACCACGAUUAUUCGCGAAAAGUGCUUCGAACCACGAAUCCUGACCCGCCCGAUGGCGAAUAA